GAGGAGCGGCCCCGGCGCUGGGCCCGGCCCGGGCAGGAGGCCAAGGAAGCGCCGCUGCGCUGAAGCGCCGGGAGCUCGGGGUGCCCGGGAGCUGAGGGCGCUGCGAGCUGGGGACACAAGAUGCCCAAUGACUUUCUGAGAUGAACUUGGGCAAGGAGGAACCCUCAGCCCAAGGUGCUCUCCUCUCUUUUUUUCCUCCUAAUCAGGAUUUUUCAUUCCCAAACUGUGUCCAGAUGGAAGAGGAGGAGGAAAAGCCCUGGAGAUGCUGCACAAGGAGGGGCUGCAAACCCAGCCCAGGGAGCUGCGAGGAGGAAAAAUCCCCCCAGUGCCAGGAACACGGCCAGAGAUCCAGCCAGAGCUCAGAGCUGGGGGAGAAGCCCCACAAGUGCUUGGAAUGUGGGAAGGGCUUCAGAAGGAGCUCUGACCUGAUCCAGCACCAGAGGAUCCACACUGGGGAAAAGCCCUACGAGUGUGGGGAAUGUGGGAAGAGCUUCAGCCAGAGAUCCAGCCUGAGGAAUCACCAGAGGAUCCACACAGGGGAACGACCCUAUGAGUGUGGGAAAUGUGGAAAGAGCUUCAGCCAGAGCUCCAACCUGAGGAGUCACCAGAUGAUCCACGCUGGUGAGCGGCCCUAUGAGUGUGGGAAAUGUGGAAAGAGCUUCAGAGAUAUCUCUCACCUGAUGACACACCAGGUGAUCCACACCAGGGAACGGCCCUACACCUGCUUGAAAUGUGGGAAGAGAUUUGGUCUGAGCUCCACCCUGAGAAAACACCAGCGCAUCCACACUGGGGAGAGGCCCUACGAGUGUCCCGAGUGUGGGAAGAGGUUUCGGACCAGCACCCAUGUCCUCAGACAUGAGCGGAUUCACACAGAGGAGAGGCCCUUCCGCUGCCCCGACUGUGGGAAGGGCUUCAAGCAGAACGGCCACCUCACGGUCCACCGGCGCAUCCACAGUGGGGAGAGGCCCUACGAGUGUCCCCAGUGUGGAAAGAGCUUCUCCAGGAGCUCUCACUUGACCCAACACCAACGGAGGCACCAGUAAGGGAAGCCCUGCGAGUGCCCCGAGUGUGGGAAGAGCUUCGUGCGCUGCUCCAGCUCCAUCCCCCAUGGGAGGAUCGGCAUUGGAUGAUCCCCAGUGACCCCCGUUGGGCAGAGCCCUGGUGAUCCGUGGUCCUGGUGAUCCGUGUUGGGAAGACACCUGGCUGGGAGGCUCCACAUCUUCCUGGCUCCCUGUGGGCACCUGGGUGAACGCCAGGGCAGGACCAUGCAUUGGGACACAGACCAACAAUGGG